AUGUCUGUGAGACAUCAUGGCCAGAAAGAGGAGCCACAGAGUGCUCGCUGUACUGAAGAUGAAGAACAGGAACCCUGUGGUCAGGAUGAAGAGCUUCAGGAUUCCCACACAGAGAUCCACAGUCCUUCAGAUAAAUCGAGCUGUUCCAGAACGGAGCUCAGGUUCAGCUCAAGAAUAAGGAGUAAGAAAAGCUCUGAUAGAUCCUCUUCAUCACCAUCGUCUGAAGAGGAGGACGAGUCUAGUGCUGUGCUGCCGCCGCCGAGCCCAUCAGCCACCCGCAAAAAGCUGAAAAGACCCAAAGGUCAGAACAAAUCUGGUCAUUUCUAUCAAAGGAACAGAACUCGCAGGGUUCCCCUCCUGCCCCCUAUCAGGCUCCGCCCCCUGGACUUCCCCCGGCAGUGCAUCGCAUCAGCGCAACAGCAGCGCAUCAAGCAGCUGAGCAGCCAGGUGAGGGAUCUGCAGCAGCAGCUGAGCACCGCCUCGCAGGAGAACCGGCUGCUGCGUCGCCUGCACGGCCGCCACACGGUGGCGUUGCAGCGCCUUCAGGACAUGGAGGCCAGCCUGCCUCAGAUGCUCCGCCAGCACAGCGGAGAAGCGCGCGCCCUGCAGGAGCUCCUGCGCAGUGCCAGGAGCCGGAACAGCACCCUGUCCCGCAGGCUGAGGGACGCAGAGGCGGAGCUCCUGAACACCUGCGAUGCUCUGCGGAGGCUGCAGCAGCUCAGCCAGGACCAGAGUCUGGAGGAACGAGAGACACUCACACAGCGCCUCAGCACCCUCUCCACCAGCCUGCAGAUACAAAACCACAGGAUACAGGAUUUGGAGAAGAACCUUGCGCUGAGUAACACAUCAUUUAAUCGUCAGCUGAGUGCUGAAAGGCGGAAGACUGCAGAAGCUCGAGAGCUGGCCAGACAUCUGGAGGAGGAGAUAAAAAGUCUAACACAGAAACUCAAGGAAAGAGAGAAAGAACUGGAGAUUCACAAUAUCUACUCGCUCAGAUUCCUGAAAGGCCGAAAGAGAGGAACUAAAGAAAGCAAAUCAGUUCAAACAGUCUCUGUAUCUCCUUCACCUGCUGAAGUUCCCACUCGUCCACUGCAGAUAGAGUACCUGCCUGAGGAGCGUCCACCAGCAGAACCUCAGAACCAGCUGAACUCCUGGGAGUUCUAUGCUGGUGACUGUGCAGACAGUUUUAAGAGAGAAGCAGAAGAAGAAGAAGAAGAAGAGGUGGAGAAUGAAGGAGAGGAAACGAUUGAGAGCAGAACCACCGGUGAGAGCAGACACACUGCAGACAGCACAGCUCUGACCACUCAGACUGUAAUGAUCACAGAUGGAAGUGAUGGUGGAACUGAUGGACCCAAGCUGGAUAUUAACACAGAGCAGGAGGAGGUGACCGCUACACCCUCUCAGAGCUCACCUUUACCUUCAGAGCAGCACAGCUCAGCAGAUCAGAGCUUCCAGAGGUCAGUUGUUACACCAUCACCUUCAGCAAACAAGUCUCCCAUGAAGAUCAGACGCCACUACGUAUUUAAAGAGGCCAUCCUGAAUCUGCACUGCGGCAAACCUGCUUAUGAACACAGACACCACAAAGGUCAGAGCUCACCUGCUCUCCUAGAUGCCGGCGCGUAUGAGCCUUCGUUCGUUCCAGCAGCACCAAACAACACCAGGAGCAGCAGCCUGGUGAAGGAGCUGUUUGGUCAGGGCCACAUGGUGGAGCAGAAGCCCGAUGUUAAAGGAGACGUUGGUCCCAAAAGCUCAGAGCAGAACUGA